AUGGUAAAGGUAUUUAUAAUUCUUGUUCUGGUGCUGCAAAUUGUGGUGUUUGCUCACACCUUUCGGGUGUAUGAGAAUGAGGGUGAAGAGGAAGAACCAGUGGAUGUCAGUGGAAAUGUGAACUCAACAGGGCCAGUUGUGUAUCCUAGUGCGAAUAAUACUCAGGACAUACCGAUGAUGAGAAAUGAGACGAGAGAAAUCAAUUCAACAGACAUCAAUAGACAGGCUACUCUGGCUCCCGAUAGAACCCCAGCAAACGAAACGACAAAUGCUAGACCAGAAGCAAACCAACGUAACGUAACAAAUGCAACAACCCCUAGAAGUAAUUCCAACAAUCAAACAAGCCCAAUUCCAGCCAAGGUAAAGGAAAACAGCUCAGCAAAACCCCGUCGAACUCCAUUAAAUCAGCCAACAACAAAAUCAUUUAUACCGUCUCCUAAAGAUGUUGCUACGAGGAUGGCUCAAGGAGGACCAUCAUUCGCUGAAGAUAGUUUCCAACCAAUGUUCGAAACAGAUUUUAGGCCUUCAGCGUUACUACAACGCCGACCUGCCCACAAUCCAGUUAAACAUCAUUGUCAAACACCUCCCAGGCCACCUCCAGAGGAACCAGUACAUCAAAACUCGGCACGAGAUCUUGUCUACAGAGAACCUCAGCAUCAAGGUCCAGAUUUCAAACCAACACAUCACUACAUUGAAAAGCGGCCCGUUCCGAAAGAACCACCACCAAUUGAUUACAGCUCGUUUCAAAAGAACUUCUUCCCAUCUGAAUCACACUUUAAGGAACACCAACCAAAAUUUAAUUCUUUGCAAGAAUAUAUUCAACAUACUCCAAGACCUACCCCGGAUAACAGUUAUGUGAUGUGGCCUGAAUCCCAAAAUAAUGAGACUCCAAAUCCUCAAAAUGCAUGGACAACUGAGCAACCAGAAUUUGAAACACAUCCACCAUAUAAAUACUACCCUCCGCCAACAGAAUAUUCACCCCCGAAAGGUUUUUUGAGUAGCGCUCUGUCCAUGAUCACCCAAUCAUUAAAACCUUCCAUCCCCACACGUCCUUAUCCUUUUGAAUUAACCGAAAUUCCAAAACAUUAUUACGAGGCAAACUCUGGAUUUCGACAUUUUCCGCCAUCAGGACAAGGCAAUGACCCCGCAGACCACAAGCAUUUUGAAAAAUAUGAGAUCAUCACAACCUCACCACCAGAGUACCAAUUUCAAACCAAAUUUCCACACACGAGCGCGCUUCAUCAUGAAACGGAAGUAGCUAGGCCACCUCAUCGGCAUAAUUUGCCCUGGCACAAGAUUAUCAAAGUCCUAUCGGCUAUCGUUCCAUUUGGAUUGCUCGUCUCCGCGCUGACUCCCAAUGUAGUUUUGAUUAAUCCGAACGCAACAAGCCCCAAACCUGUGGGAAACAUAUAUUCGUAUGUUACCCGACAACGAUCACUUGAACCCGACCAUGUUUUCGAUCAGAAGAUAAUGGAAAUUUUUAAUGGAUUGGAUGGUGAGGAUGCCGAGUCUUUGUGCAUCAAAAUUGCAAUUUGCAAAGCUAUUGCUGAUAACAAGCCAGAAAAUUUAACUCAGGAUGAAUAUGCGGCGUUUCAAACUAAAUUAUGCGACGGCCUUGAAGAUAUUCCAGGAGAAUGUCCCAAUCAGUAAAGUUACUAUAGAUGAGGUUUGAUUUCAAAUGGCUUUUAUUAAGUAGAUCAAGUUACUUUUAAUAAACACGAAAUACAAACAAUAUUAC